AUGCUAAAAUUACCCAAAGGCCUUAAAAAGAAGAAAAAAGGCAAGAAGUCUAAGCGCAAAGGCGAGGAAGAGCUUUUCACAGAGGAAGAAUUAGAAAAGUAUAGAAGAGAACACCAACAGCAUCAAGCUGAAAGUGGCGAAGGAUCUGCAAAGGAAAAUGAGGAAUGGUCUAAGUUUAAGGAUUUGACAACAGGAAUAGAUUCUGUGCUUAAAAAAACUCAAGGUGACUUAGAUCGUAUCAAAUCCACAUCAUUUUUUCAACGGGUUCAACCAAAAGAACCUGAACCGGAAGUAAAGGAAGCUCCGUCAAGACCGGUGGUCGAAGUAACAGAAGCCGAUUUCCCUCAUUUGAGUCAGGUCACCGCUACAGAAGCGGACGACGACAAAAGUGAAUACGGACUUACUGAUGACGAAUCUGAAACUGAGGAUCAAGACGACAUCUUUGAUACCUCUUACGUAGAUGCAGUUGAACGCGGUGAAGUAAAACUAGCGUAUGUUCCGGAUUCACCUGAAGAAUUUCAAGACGAUGGAAUAUUUGACACAUCACAUGUUGAUGCAUUAAUUAAAGGCCAAGAGAGUAAAAGCAAAGUAGGUAAAAAGACCUUAGACAUUGGGGUAGCUGUUGAAGUUCUUACUGGUCGGAUUGAUAAUUUAACAGUUACUACAAAAAAAUCAAAGCGAAUAAUUCCUGGAGAUCUUUUAUUGGAAAGUGUUGAUGCCGAAGUGCCUGUGGUUGCAAAAUUAACCGAAAGUGAACCGGUCGAGACAAGUAUCUUAGAUGCUGACACGGAUAUUCCUAUAACAACUCCUAUUGAUCUCAGUGUUUCGUUACAUACAUCAUUAAUACAACAAAAUAAAAAGAGUAGCCAAGAAAAUAUAUUUGAGCUAACAAAUUCCAACACAAAAGAAACAAAAAGUGAAGAAGAAGAGGAUGAUGAGUUCACGUUAUUAGCUGCAGAAUCACUUGAAACGAAAACUGAAGUAAUAAAACUAGAAGAAAAGGAAAUUAAGCUUGAACCUGUUAUAAAGGAAUCCUGGUCUGCCUUUGAAGCUGAUAAAAACGAGUCCGUAUUUGCCGAAGGAAUAGCCGAAGAUCAAAUUGAUGUGUUAGAUCCAUAUAUAGAUCAAGACGAUCCGUUUGACACUAGUUUUGCGGAAGCUGUGAUACCUGCUUCGCAUUCGGUUCAAGUUAAACAAGAGGCGGUUAUUCUAGAAGAAGACGAAGAUUUUGAUCCACGUGCAGAAGAAUUCAAAGACAAAUUAAACAAUCGGCGUAAAUCAUCGGUAAGAAUUCAUUUGACCAAUCCUUUGGGAAUAAGGGAAUCAAUUACAUCUGAUGAUAUUCAUGAUAUUGAUGAAAAAAAUAUACCUCGUGAUUUAUUAGGAGGAAGUACUACAGACUUAACGCAAUUAGGGGAUUCACCUCUGGAUCCAGUGGACGUGAACAAUACUGAUAUAGACCCCUUUGAUACUACUAUUGUCGAUAGGGUUGUAGCUCCGGGAAAAGUUGAGUUAAAAUUACUUGAACAAGAGCUGAUUGGUGCCACAUCGACAACGAUUUAUAGAGUUCCGAGUGAUCCUGAUUUUGAUCCUCGAGCUGACGAACCGAAGCAGCCAGAGCGAAGAGCGUCUCGUCCAGAAAAUCUUUCAUUUAGUAAAAGCGUGGUUUUCAAUAUCGAUAGUGAAGAAUCUAGUAAUUUAGAUCCUAAAUCAAAGCCAAACAAACCAUUAACGCCAUAUUACAGCAGGGAACUUUCUAUUACUGAAGAUAUAAACGAGAGUAGUGAAGUUAAUGAAAAAGUUACCGAUGUGCUAACGCGAACACGAUCUGACGAGGACUUGACUACUAAUAUAACGUAUCAAACGAAAAGACGCCAUUCAGAGUAUCCACAAUCGUAUAAUAUAAAAGUAAAUUUAAAAAGGGGUGAUCUCCUUAAUAGUGAUAAUUUUGAAAUAAAAGCAAAAGUACUAACACCUUCAGGCCCAGAAUUAAUAGAAGAGAACGUUCAAGAAAUAGAAGAAGACCCUUUUGAUACUUCCUUUGCAGCGCAUAUUCAACCAAGCAAAACAGAAUUGAAACUGUUGGCUAAGGAAUUUGUCUCUGACGAUUCUAAAGCUACUUUCGAAUCCGAAGGUAAUCCAGACUUAUUAGAACCAUCUGACGACAUUUUUCAGGUAAAGGCAUUAACUCCUGAACCGGCAAAUCUAACACAGCCCGAAGAGGACUUCGAUCCGUUUGAUACUUCAUUCGCCACUGCUCUUAAUCCAGGAAAAACGGAAUUAAACAUGAAUGAGCCAACGGCUCCAGUAGCUGCAGAUGUACUUAAUCCUUUCAUGAUGUCAGACGUCGAGGCUUCAACGUUCGAAGGGGAUAAUCCAUUUGCAGCCAGUAAUCCGUUUUCAGACUUUGGAAAUGAUUAUGAGCCUCCUGCAGGUGAUACAGUUCCUGUUGAUAUUUUUGGGGGAGAAAACCUUAAAGAGUUGGGUGCUAAGAAUUUUGAAGAUAAUUCACUAGAUAUGUUUGCAAGUCCACCAAUGGACACGGAAAAGCUACCAUCUGCACGACCACUGCCUCCUGAAACUCAAAACUUAAUCCUGAGUGUAACUGGUCAAAUGGAAUUUACUAGUACACAUCUACUUGAUCGAAUACCACCAACGAGAACACCUAGCCCUGUAUCGGCCCGAGAUAUUCAUUCACCGAGCCCUACUCCGGAGCCGGACUUACUCGACGAGAUGGUACCAGAAGAGAACUUUAAUAAAGAUAAACCCGCUCGGCCACCCCCACCACCUAACAGACCCCCUCGUCCAGCACCACCCAGCGUACCUCCACCUCGUCCGCAAGCACCGCCACAGGUGCCCAAAUCAAAGCAACAAUCACCACAGCGGCAGCCACAACCAUCCGAUGACAUUAACCUUUUUGAUGCACCUGCACCUGUGACGACCAAACCAACCAAAGAAGAUAUCUUGAGUUUGUAUUCCGCGCCGAAAAAAGAAGAAAAACAGAUAGAUUUUCUCAGUGACGAUAUUCUUGAUGUUAUUACUUCUGAAAAAAGUCCUGAAAUGCAACCACAGAUAACAAACAUCAUUACGACAACAACAACAAUUUCACAUACUGUCGAAAAUAAGUCUAUCUUUGAAGAUAUAGUAACAACUGCCAGUACUAUGGAAGAAACGAGCAAUAUGUCGAUGUUUACAAAUGUAAUGGAUGACACUUGCGCUCACAUGGAUUGCUCGGAACCGAUGGAAGUAACUACAACUCAAUCUGAUACUUCUCCUUUUGCAGAACAUAUCGAUGAUCAAUUUCAACAGAUAAAUGAACCUGAUAAGAACCCAUUUGAAAGUACUGAAAUCGCUGAUAUGUCGUCAUUUGCUGAUAUUGCAACGAAUAUAUUUUCAACAAAGGUUGAAGAUACAUUUAUGGCACCAACUAAUGAAUUAUUUAACGAAGGUCAAAACGAGUCUGAGUCUUUCAUAGAAGACCACCCUAAGGAAACUUGGGAAAAUUCACAAGUUAAUGCUUUUGGAGAUAUUUCAGGGACAAAUGAAACUAAACAGGACAAUAUUUUUAAUACAAAUGUCGAUAACACUGUCGAAAGUGCAGUAGCUCCUUCAUCGACGGAUCUCGGUUGGGGUUCAACUGAAAAAAUGUUACAAGACACCGUUGAGCCAUCGGAAGACGCUUUUGAUGCAUUUUCUGCUAAAUUUGACUCCACAGUCUCAAAUAACAAGACUACAGACGUUUGGGGUGACGACGGCAGUUCGGAUGCUGCUCCGGGAGGCUUCGAAGCGGAAGCGUUUGAUCCGUUCCUGCACAUGGAAGCGCCGCCUCCACCGGCGGCCACACCUCGCCUCGAUCACCAGGGAUCUCGUGACUCCACUGACGAUACUUUCUCGGUGUUUAUUAGGCCUAAAGACGACAUGGGCGGGCAAGAGUCAGCGGUGCCGGUGCUUGCCCCUCCGCCUCGUCCCCAGGUGCUGCUGGACUCUCCGCGCAGCAAUCCUUUCGACAAAAGUGAAGCUGAAACGCCGCCGCAAAGGAUAGAGCCCCAAUUCGAGGAGAGCCGGCGGCGGUCUGGCAGCGGUGGUGGUGGGGAGACUCCCCCUACACCGUUGUUCGACGAGGACACUUCGGUGCCGCUGGAGGAGUUCCCGCGCACCACCUACACCGGCCCCGGCUGGGAGAUGCACCUGCGACAACCCAACAAGAAGAAGAUCACCGGACAGAGGUUUUGGAAGAAGAUGUUCGUGCGGCUGGUGUACCAGGGAGACACGCCGGUGCUGCAGCUGCUGGGCUCUGCCAACGACAAGGAGCCGCUACAAGAGCUGCCACUGCAGGCCUGCUACUCGGUUUCCGACAUCGGCGCCCAGCAGUUCGACCAGUUCGGCAAGAUAUUCACCGUCAAGUUGCAGUACGUCUUCUACAAGGAGCGGCCUGGAGUCAGACCGGGGCAGGUGACGAAGGCGGAGCGCAUCACCAACAAGCUGUCGCAGUUCGCGGCGUACGCGAUCCAGGGCGACUAUCAGGGCGUCAAGGAGUUCGGCAGCGACCUGCGCAAGCUCGGCCUGCCCGUCGAGCACGCGCCGCAGGUGUCGCAGCUGUUCAAGCUGGGCUCGCUGAGCUACGAGGACGCGAAGCAGUUCUCGUGCUGCGUGGAGGAGGCGCUGUUCCGGCUGCCGGCGCACCGCGACCGCGCGCUCACGUACAAGAUGGAGGAAGUGCAGCUGACUGCUGUGGACGAGUUGGUGGUGGAACAGGAUGCUGAGGGCUCCGUGAUCAAACAAACAGCACGUGUGCGCAUCUUCUUCCUCGGCUUUCUCAGCGGCAUGCCGGACGUGGAGGUGGGGCUGAACGAUCUGCGGCGACAGGGCCGCGAGGUGGUGGGGCGCCACGACAUCGUGCCCGGCGCCACCGAGGAGUGGAUCCGCGUCGAGAAUGCACAAUUCCACGCCUGCGUGCAGGCAGACCAGUUCGCUAAGGACCAGAUACUCAGGUUCAAGCCGCCAGAUGCGUGCUACAUCGAGCUGAUGCGGUUCCGCGUGCGCCCGCCCAAGAACCGCGAGCUGCCGCUGCAGCUGAAAGCCGCCUGGUGUGUCACGGGGAACAAGGUGGAGCUGCGCGCGGACGCGCUGGUGCCGGGGUUCGCGUCGCGGCGCCUGGGGCAGGUGCCGUGCGAGGACGUCAGCGUGCGCUUCCCCAUCCCCGAGUGCUGGAUCUACCUGUUCCGCGUCGAGAAGCACUUCCGCUACGGCUCCGUCAAGUCGGCGCACCGUCGCACGGGCAAAAUCAAGGGCAUCGAGCGGUUUCUGGGCGCCGUGGAGCCGCUACAAGAAUCGCUGAUCGAGGUGACGUCCGGCCAGGCCAAGUACGAGCACCAGCACCGAGCGAUCGUGUGGCGCAUGCCACGCCUGCCCAAGGAAGGACAAGGUGCGUACACGACGCACGCGCUGGUGUGCCGCAUGGCGCUGACGUCGUACGACCAGGUGCCGGCGGAGCUCGCGCGCUGGGCCACGGUGGAGUUCACGAUGCCGGCCACGCAAGUCUCGCACACCACCGUGCGCUCCGUCUCGCUGCAGAACCACGACAACGACCCGCCCGAGAAGUACGUGCGAUACCUCGCCCGACACGAGUACACCGUGGGCAUCGAGCGCACGAGUGGGCAGGCGGCGCCGGCGUACGCGCUGGCGGCCGCCGCGCCCGCCCCCGCCCCCGCCGCCCCCGCCCCCGCCGCGCCCGCGCCCGCCGACGCCCCGCAUGCGCCGGCACCCCCCUCCUCCGACUCCGACUCGGACUAA